UCCAAGGAACCCAAGAACGCUUCAAGCAUUUUUGAGAACUUGGUUCAAACAAAUUUUGAGAAAAUGAGCUGGAGUGCUGCAGGCAGCUGGUUCAAAAGCCAUGUAACAUUGAACAAUUUGUACAGACUUUUUCUGGGUCAAGUUGUUUCCUUUGUUCUUGCACUUAUGAGCUUUACUUCUUCCUUAAUAGCCAGUCUUGGUGUUGAUGCGCCUAUCACUCAGUCUUCCUUCACUUACCUCACUUUGGCUGUGGUUUAUGGUGGCAUCUUGCUGUACAGGGGUCAAAAGCUGAGGAUUCCUUGGUAUUGGUAUCUGGCCCUCGGUUUUGUUGAUGUUCAAGGAAAUUACCUCGUUAAUAAAGCAUUCCAAUUCUCCUCAAUCACUAGUGUAACACUGUUGGACUGCUGGACCGUAGUAUGGGCAAUUAUUCUUACGUAUAUCUUCAUAGGCACCAGAUAUUCUCUAUGGCAGUUAUUUGGAGCAGCUCUCUGUGUGCUUGGUCUUGGUCUAGUGCUCCUCUCUGAUGCUGGGGUGGGUGGUGGAGGUGGUUCAAAACCUCUUUUGGGAGAUGCACUUGUCAUUUCUGGCACACUCUUCUUUGCCAUGAGCAAUGUUGGGGAGGAAUUUUGUGUUAAGAAAAAAGACCGUGUUGAGGUGAUUUCCAUGCUUGGUCUUUUUGGCAUGCUAGUGAGUGGUGUUGAGUUAUCCAUAUUUGAGCUAAAGAGCCUGGAAUCAGUAACGUGGUCUACAGACAUUAUGCUUGCCGCAAUCGGAUACACCUUGUCAGGCUUCAUGUUCUACUCAAUCACGCCCUUCGUUCUAAAGUUGAGUGGGGCCACAAUGUUUAAUCUCUCUCUGCUCACGUCUGAUAUGUGGGCAGUUGUCGUUCGCAUCCUUUUCUAUCACCAGCAGGUUAAUUGGCUAUAUUUUCUUGCUUUUGCAGUUGUAGUCAUUGGACUCGUCAUCUAUUCAACGACUGAGAAGGAUCCUGUCCCUGCACCACUUCUUGAGGAUGCGAACCACAGUGUACAAUACCAAGUGCUUAACGAUGAAAAUAUGGCAUCUAGGGAUGAGUCUUAGCCUCAUCAGGGAUCGAGGAAGAGGAGCUGCUUAUGGCAGUGUUGGGAGCUUUAUGUCCCAAGACUGCCAUGGUAAACUUUGAACCUUGGAAAGUCAAAACCAAUCAAAAUCUUAUUGCCCCAUAGUUAUGCCUCAUGCAACUCCCAUGCCUCCCUUCUUUUUGCUUUUUCGCCAGCGGUCUACUUUUGUGGCUGUUUGAAGUUUGAUUUUCCAUCUUUUAUUCUUCCUACCGUUUUUUUUCCCUUAGAAUCUCUCUAUCAACAGCAAGAGGAGCUUCACUUUGGAAAGAUAAAGAGAAGUAUCUAUAAUCCUGGUCCGCAAGGCUCGCGGUGGCGGACGAUUUCCUUCAGUGACAAGACCAAACUUCCUUUCUAGUUACCUGCAAAAUAUGUUGUCCCUUGAUGUAAUGAAGUUGGUAAAUCAAACCCAUAUAUACAAUUUCACAUAUUCACUGUAUUUCCUUGAAUAAAGGUUUAAUUUAAUUAUUUUAUUUUCA